AUGUAUUUGACCCCGGAGAAAGAACUAUACACUAUCAUCCAGCAAUACUACUCGGGGAAGUUCCAAGAUAUUGCCUCUCUGGACUUGGAUGUCGAAUUUGAUUUCUCAAACAUCUUGUAUGACAUUGAGGCACACUUCUACAAGAUCCGGUCCCUAAUCGAGCUGGACGAUCACACAAAUGCAAGCAAGCUUCUCGCCCAAUUGGAGGACAAGAUCAUCUCCAAUACCCCAACAAACAUAGACUCGAAAACUUCGGAUCUACUAGUACUCGAUAUCAAGGUACUGAACUCAUUCAUUGAAUUCAAGUCCAACGGCAAGGUCGACGCCGAGUUGCUCGAUUCAGUCGACACAGAAAUCCCAUCUCUGGCCCUAGUCUACAAGUCUAUCAUCCAACCCGACGCAAACAUCUCCAUUGCCUCCCCAGAUUUGGAUUUGGAGGCCUUUGUGUUCACCUUAUUCUCCAAAGAUGCAGAUAAUAUUGACCCAAAGACCAUCUCACAAUUCAAGAAACACUACUCAGAUUCUCUUAUACUAGACUUUGCUGUCUCUUGGUUGGGCCUCGCUAAUACGACACUUGACAGCAAUACCAACGACGCAGAUUCGCCAAUCAACCUGAAAAACUCCUAUUAUUUCUUUGAUGAAUUGACAUCGAGUUCAAACACAGACUCGGCUAAAAACUUGAUCAACUUGUUGGCUUGCCAGCUAAAGUUGGGAAACAUCCCCGAAUCCAUUGAGUGUAUCGAGAAAUUGGAUACUUUAAAUGUCAAUCCAAAAUGGACUUACUCUCUCUUGAUCAAUAAGAUUGCAUUGAAUUCUUUGACUUCAAAUUCACUCGAGCGUAAUAGAUUGAUUGAAGAGUUGAAGAACAAGUUCCCAAACUCUCCCUAUGUGCAUGAUUUGAACGAAAAGUCUGAAUUAUUCGAUUCAAUCGUCGAAUCUUACAAUUAA